AUGAGGCAGAUGCGCAAGACCGAUAUCCACGAGAUCCUCGGAAUCUCCAACAACUACAAAGAUCAGCACCAGACCCGCGAGCUGGUUGGCACGCUAAUGGCCGAGUCCAACGUCAACUCCUUUAACAGCUACAAUUCUCGAGAUACCUUCAAGAACACGCUCAUGAGGGAAAUCACCUCGCCUCGGACUCGACUGUGUGCUGCGGUCCUGGCUGCGUAUGCCAACGAUCGUGAGAGCUGCAUCCAAGCUCUCUAUGGCCUUGCACGACUAAUCAGAAAAUCCCGCGGCACGCCAUCUUCUACCCUCUCACCACCUGCACCUGCCUCUGCCUCUGUCUCCGUCUCACGUCCUGUUUCUGCUUAUGCUUAUGGCGCGCCAAAUCCUGCUCCGACUUUCACACAGAAUACUACCUACGCUACCUAUGCUACCGGAUUCGCAACUGUUGCUGCACCUGCAACUGCAACUGCCUUCACCAUGGCUUCCUAUUACUUCAACUACAACGCCAUGAACAACAACAUGGGCACGAACGGUAACAUGAACAUGAACUCCAACUCGGGCAUGAACUCCAACAUGAACAUGAACACCUACAUGGGCAUGGGCUGCAACACGGGCGUGAACGCCAACAUGAACAUGAACACCUACAUGGGCAUGGACAGCAACAUGGGCCUGGACACCGAUAUGAACACCGACAGCAGCACCCUCGGCACCGUCUCCAUGACCCCAUCAAUGACUACCUCUAUCGAAACCCCCAACGAAUCUAUCGAAGCCACCACCCCCGAGAACGACGCCAAGUGCUGGCUUCCCGACAAACUCAUGUGGUUCCGGGACCUGACCAACAACCCCUUCGGCGGAGACCUCGAAUUGCGUCUGAGCGAUCUGGUUGGCCUGCCAAUGGUCCAAACCGCGAAGCUCCUCGAAAGCAUCUGGGUUGACAGCUCCGCGCUGCAUUUCAUCCGCUUCGCCAAAGAGCUGAGCGAGGGUCUGCAUGUCCCCGUCUACGACCUGAACAAAAUUGAGAUCUGGUUGCGGAUCGAGGAUCCUAUCGCCGAGACAUCUUACCAGAUCACCGUUCCUCCGUAUGAAGACAAUUUGGGUGUUCUCAAAGAGGCCUAUCAUGCAAUCCUGGACGACGCCACGGAGAGUGCCUUUAAUGGCGUUCUUCCGUUGGCGGAUUCGCCAGAUGCGUAUGAGAUUACGCGGUUGAUCUUUCUCCCAGAGGAGUCUUAG